AGCAGACAGAUGGCGGCAGCGGGGAGCAGCACCAGUGUUAACCCGGUGGGGGUGAGCGACUGACUGGACGGUCUUCAAAACCAGAACCGGCUAUCAGAUGAAUCCGGAGAAGACCUAGCCAUAGUAACUUGGAGCGACACUUUUUUGUUGGCUGACUGAUUUAUUUUCUCUCUUCGGCUUGGAUAUUACACAUUGCGGAGGCCGCAGAAGCCUCGGGCGAGAUUUGGCGACAGACUGAGGCGAGUGGAAGAGAACAGCUGUCGGGUUACGGAAAGUCCUGGAAAGAAUACUCGUCAGAAUUCGCUGGCUGGAAGUCGUAUCGCCUUUCUCUCUUGUGGCACAGAUGGUGUCUGAACAACAGCUACAGGGGACUUCAUGUGCACUAAAAAGUUAAGGACAGUAGCUAGCUAGCUUGCUAAAAUGCUAGCUAGCUACCCAGCAGCGUAACAACCGAGGGGCGCACGUUGAAUGAAUGAAGGAGUUAGCGACCACUUGGAUUUCAGCUAACAGCUGCUUGUUAUUUUUACUCCAAACACACAAAGAGCGUUACACGGACAAACGCUGAUUUUCAAAGUGUUUCUGCACUGUUGUUGCAUGACAGCCAGGAGAGCAGACCCACAAAUGGACAGCAAUGCGAUUCCGAGGAGUUGGUGGACAGCGGCGAUUUAGCACGCAAAGAUAGUGUUGAACAAACCCUUAGCUAAUGUUUGUGUUGUUGGGGGGCAGCUAACUUUAGCUAGCUACAAAUAUUUGCACUACUGUGGACUUGGCUGAAAUAGUGUUGAGCGUACUCCAGGUUUGGAAUGGGGAACACGGUGUCAUGCUGCGUCUCUCCCGAGGGGAGUCCCAAACUACCGUCGAGGCAGCCGGCAGAGCGGCUGGAGGACUACCAGACCAACACCGACGUGAGUGAUGACAACACCGGGCCUUACCUGCAGCACAUCAGCGACAGAGAAGUUCCCGAUGAGCUGGCCUUGGAGUCCAACCCAUCAGACCAUGCCCGAGCGAGCACCAUCUUCCUUAGCAAGUCCCAGACAGAUGUACGAGACAAGAGGAAAAGCAACCAUAUAAACCACGUAAGUCAUGUAUCUCCUGGUCUGCUGUCUAAGAAGUACAGCUCCUGUUCCACCAUCUUUAUAGACGACAGCACCGUCAGCCAGCCCAACCUCAAAAGCACAAUCAAAUGUGUCACAUUAGCAAUAUACUACCACAUUAAAAACAGGGACUCAGACAGGUCACUGGACAUCUUUGAUGAGAAGUUGCACCCCUUAUCGAGAGAGCCGGUGCCAGAUGACUACUCCUAUAUAGACCCAGAACACAAACUCAUCUAUCGCUUUGUUAGAACGCUGUUCAGUGCUGCACAGCUCACUGCAGAGUGUGCCAUCGUCACUCUGGUGUACCUGGAGCGCCUGCUGACCUAUGCUGAGCUAGAUAUCUGCCCAGCCAACUGGAAACGUAUCGUCCUGGGAGCCAUCUUGUUGGCCUCCAAGGUCUGGGACGACCAGGCCGUCUGGAAUGUCGACUACUGCCAGAUCCUCAAAGAUAUCACUGUGGAGGACAUGAACGAGAUGGAGCGCCACUUCUUGGAGCUCCUCCAGUUUAACAUCAACGUGCCGGCCAGUGUCUACGCCAAGUAUUAUUUUGACCUGCGGCAGCUUGCAGAUGACAACAACCUCAGCUUCCCCCUGGAACCCCUCAACAACCAGCGUGCCCAGAAACUCGAGGCCAUCUCCAGACUAUGUGAGGACAAAUACAAGGACCUGAGUCGAGCGGCAAUGAGGCGAUCUUUCAGCGCUGAUAACCUGAUUGGCAUACGUCGCUCCAACGCCGUGCUCUCAUAGGCCGCCACCUGUCACCUGAGUUCCAACGGUCAAUUCCAAGCCACCGCAACCAAUCAGGCAGGAUUUGGGCUUGUAAUGCUACGGCCAAUCCUGUGACUAGCUGAAAACAACAAUUUGCAUUUGCAAGUAUUAAAGCUGCAUGACUCAGCAAAUUUAAAAUCUAAAUUUUAUUGCAGUGUCUUAGCCACCCAACUACCCUGUUGGCAAAUCUCAGGACAGUGUUAGAGAUGGCUCUACACCAGUUAAUCAGAGCUUGAGCUUUUGGAUUGUCCUUAGGAAAUAUUACAAUAUGACAUUUUUUAAGCAGCAUAAGAGGCAAAAUACACCAAAUACAAAAGGCUGUUCCUUGUGAAUGAUCAAGUAAAUACCAAAAGUUUUUAUUGAUAGCAUAAAUGAAACUUGUUUACAAUUGAUAGCAGUCCCAGCUGUGGUGCAUACCUACUAUUUGUUCUUAGUAACUUAUCUACAGUACAUAUUUGGUUUUGGAUGUUGCUUACAGUUUGUUUCAUACAACAACCUACUAGGCUCCCGCUAGUCUACAGGAUUUGGUUGUAGUGUUGCAAACCUAGUUCCAGGCAGCACCCAUAGUGUGUCUGGGAAGAGGAGUGCCAAUCUGGGAUCGCUUUCACUUUUCAGAUUGACUUCAGGUGAUCAAAAGGGACCUAAUUACAGAUCCUAGAUCAGUACUGCAAAAGAGAGGUUUGAUAAAUGUAGUCACUAGACUGACAUGCUGUAGGUUGGGUCUACAGUCCAAUUCCGGAAACCCCUCCAAACCUGCCAUCCCAGCCCCACCCAGAAAGCCCGUCCCAGGUCCCACCCAGAGCUUCAGAGCAAACUACAUAGAGAUUGAGGGGAACAAUAAGACUGAGAUCCCCACCCCCCUUUUUUGCUUACUAUGUAGGCUACUAGCUGUGAAAUUUGUCUUUUUAAAUGGAAAAUCCUUUGCAGAUGGAGUAUUUUAAAUAAACACUAAUCAUGUAACAAA